GGAGAGGGGGAGGGCCGAGGCGGUCGCUGCGGACGCCGGCCUGCUCUAAGCUUCUCGCGCGUCCUUGCCACUUCCCGCAUGGUGUCGGUUUCUCACUGAGCGGCGGCGGCGGCGAGGCGUGAGGGACGCACGGCGGGGGCGGCUUGGGGUCGACGUUUCCCGUCGCCGGCACUUCCUCCUGCGGCGCCCGUGCGUGGCCGUCUGGGCCGGCGGGAUGGCGGCGGCGGCCCGGGGGAGUGGCCGCGCAUCGGCGCCCCAGCUGCUUCUGCUCCUGCUCUUCGCGCUGCCGUGGGCCCCGACCGGCGUCCGCUCCGUCCCCGACGAAGACCUUAGCCACCGGAACAAGGAACUGCCGGCGCCUGCCCAGCAGCUGAAGUCGCAGUCCGCGGCCGUGCAGGGCCCCGAGCCAGCCCGGUUCGAGAAAGGAUUUACACCAGCUGCCCCGGUUCAUGGCAAUAAAGAAGAUCCAGCUACCCAGACGAAUUUGGGAUUUAUCCAUGCAUUUGUUGCUGCAAUAUCAGUUAUCAUUGUAUCUGAACUGGGUGAUAAGACAUUUUUUAUAGCAGCCAUCAUGGCAAUGCGCUAUAAUCGGCUGACGGUGUUGGCUGGGGCUAUGCUGGCCUUGGGCCUAAUGACGUGCUUAUCAGUUCUGUUCGGCUACGCCACCACCGUCAUCCCCAGGGUGUAUACGUACUAUGUUUCCACGGCGUUAUUUGCCAUUUUUGGCAUUAGAAUGCUUCGAGAAGGCUUGAAGAUGAGUCCAGAUGAAGGUCAAGAGGAACUGGAAGAAGUUCAAGCGGAAUUAAAGAAAAAAGACGAGGAAUUUCAACGAACCAAGCUCUUAAACGGACCAGGCGAUGUUGAAACGGGAGCCAGCACGACGAUACCUCCGAAAAGAUGGCUGCAUUUUAUCUCACCCAUCUUUGUUCAGGCUCUGACGUUGACAUUCUUAGCAGAGUGGGGUGAUCGCUCGCAACUAACGACAAUCGUUCUGGCAGCCAGAGAGGACCCGUACGGUGUAGCAGUGGGCGGGACAGUGGGCCACUGCUUAUGCACCGGAUUGGCAGUGAUUGGAGGAAGAAUGAUCGCACAGAAAAUCUCUGUCAGAACUGUGACAAUCAUAGGAGGCAUCGUAUUUUUGGCCUUUGCAUUUUCUGCACUGUUUAUAAGUCCCGAUUCUGGUUUUUAACAAGCCGUUUGCUCGUUUGUAUUUCUUUUAAGAUAGGUAACUGUUUAUGUACAUAGUGUACAUUAUAACUAAAAGUGACGGAAAAGACUGUAUUUUGUAGCAUUGAUUUGCGAGUUUGUCCCAUUUAAUGAAAGUAUUAUGUCCAAAAGAAGUAAUCAUUGAUUCUAUUUGCAACAUGGAUUUUUAAGAAACCUGA